AAAAGACAGUCUGCCCAAGUGCUCCUCGCUGUUUGAACCAUAAUUAGCGUUAUUUCGUUAACCCUCCUGUUUUAUUAUUUUAACAAAUACAGUAAUAUUAAUGUUAUAAAUCUGAUUUCUUUUAAAUGUGAUGUUUAAAAAUAGUUAAAAAUAAGAAAAAAAACAAAAUCUAGUUUUGUCUUUUUUUAACAUAAAGAAAAUACUUAUUUAACUUGACAAUAUAACAGGAGUGUUAAUAUCCCAAAUGAUGAACUAUAAUUUGAACUAUAAUUACCAUCAUUUAUUUAAUAUACACAAUGUUUUAUUGCUUCUAAGAUUGCAAAAAAAGGCAAAAUAUUGUUAGAAAAGCAGGGUGGGCGGGGGGCGGGCAUACAAAUGUACCAAAAAAGCCAUUUUGAUACCCCCUAAAAUUGGUCCACACACAUUGGCACCUAUUCACCAAGAUGCAACCUAUGAAGUGUGCAGAAAGCCCAACCCCCCACCCUCCACCCUUGACACAUGUUCAGCAUCCUCUGGUCAGCUGAGAAACCAAAAGAGCGAGAGAGAGAGAGAGAGAGAGAAUCAGAGAGCCAGCAAGUGAGUGCGAGAGCAGCGAGGUGGAAACGCGGGUGAGCAUCACAGAAAGACACAAAUAGAGCGAUAAAGCGGCGAAUUAGGCAGCCAGGCGACCACGAGGGGGGAGGAAGAGGAGGAGGAGGAAGACUGGCGUGAUCCGUGCUUGAUUAAAGAUCCUCUCCUUCCCCUUCUUUUUUUUUUUUUUUUUUUUUGUGUGGAUGUGAGAACCAGGUGGAUGUUCCUGGGGCUGGAUGCUAGGAUCCACGCAGGCCAGGAUGGAUCCGGUGCUGGUGCUGGUGCUGACCCAGAUUAGCGAAUCAGGACCGGUCGCCGGUGUUCUGGGGAUGUGACCUUUAUCUCCGACGAGCCACUGAUCCUGAUCCUCAGUAGUACUCAGUACCUGGAGGAGAAGCAACAGCUGUGUGAGGAGGGAAGGGAAGCAGGCCAACUUUGUGGUGGAGGGCCCAGCAGAUGGUGACACUGCAGCAGCACUUCUCCAGGAUGGAGGAGACUGUGCAAACCCUACUGCAGAACCAGGACUCAUUGGAUGGCCCCAAGGUCGACCCACUGGACCUCAUGAAAGCAUACAAGGACAAACUCUUGGAGGAAAUGUGGAAGCAGCAGGACAGUCUGGAGGGUCCGGCAGUUUCAGAAACGGAAACUUCGGGGUAUCUGGAGGCCGGAGGUGGUCUGGAGGAAAACUCUAACAGCAAUUCCCUGCUAGAACGACUCAAAGCUCUGGAGGCUGAGAACUCUGCUCUGUCCUUGGAAAACGACAACCAGAGAAAGCAAUAUGAGCGCUGUCUGGAUGAGGUAGCCAACCAGGUGGUCCAGGCUCUCCUUACUCAAAAGGACUUGAAAGAAGAAUGUGUAAAGCUGCGCACCCGCGUCUUUGACUUGGAGCAGCAGAACCGCCUACUAAGCGUCUUGUUCCAACAACGAGUCCGAAUGUCCCAAAGUCCUGCACCCCAGGAAAUCCAAAGGAAUGGCAAAGUGGGUAUUGCUGCAGGAAGGUGGCCCAGUCUCCUGAGUCUAACGUGCCCACGUAGUAGUGGAAGUGGUAGUGAUCUGUCUUUAUCCAGUGCUGGUAGUGAAUACUCUAGCGGCUCGCACACAUGGGCUGAGGGUCGAGGCCUCUCCAAACAGUGCGCCACAAGCCGGGACAAAAGGAUGAGUGUAGGCUCCGUAUCUGGUCAUCAGACAGACUUCGGCUGGAAGGAAGGCCACAUCCUGAAAGGACUCAAGCGUCUUCAGACCAGCGUCUCAAAAGAGAAACCCUCUCCCGGGUCUAUUCCGCACUGCAAGGACUGCAUGACCUCCAAUGAGGGUAUCUACUCUCUGGGCAUCAAAAGUAACCUGAUGGGGAUGACAGCCAAGACAAAUAAAAAUGUUAACGGAGGGAUUGCCGUUGUGGACUCUGAUGAAAGUAGCAAUGACUCAAAUAUGUCGCAAAGUCAGGAAUCCAGCGAUAACGCGUCAAUAGAAGUUCAGACAGAUGAAGGCCCAAAAGAACCUUUAGAGAACACCGUUUCUGACAGCUUCAUAUUCCCAGCAGAACCACCAGUGAAUCUUGAAAAAGAAAGCCUAAAAGAACACACACAAGUAGAAACCGAGAACUCUAGUGACAUGUUGAGCGACAGCAACAACAACCAGGAACGAUCCAGCGACCGUAAAUCCCGGCUGGACCGCAUGGACUUGGAAUCCCAAGCAAGGGAUGCAAACCCGGCUGUGAGACAUUCUGCCACCAGAGCUUUGAGCUGUGUGAGCGAAGCCAGGCAACGCAGCUCUUCGGCAGAGGUUUCUCACCACGGGGACGGUGGGAUUUCAAGGAACCUAAAGCCCAAACCGCAGCUUUGCGACUCGGCCAGGAAGGCAUUCAUCCUACGCAGCAAGAGCGCCGACGCUGGACCGGAACAGCACAAACACAUCCACUCGCCUCUCCAUCAAAACCUCAUUCGGGGCCACAAAUCUGCCAGUCCAAACAAAAGGGCCAAUCACGGUAAACUACACGUUUCGGGUCAUGACGCAGAAACAGAUGAAGAUCCUGCAUCGACUUGCAAGUCUCUGGAGCGUGUACAACAGCGCUCGCCUCUUGCGUCGCCUGUCAAAAGUGCUUCAGCGACCAAACCUAUUGCAGUUGAUGAAGGCUCAAAGACUCCAGCAACACAGCCGCAAUCCGCCAGAAUUCUGUCCAACAAUGAGGAGUGCAAGAACGUACAAAACCAGGAGCAGCUCUCAGACACGUUCUCUUCAGAACUCAUAUCUCCUUCAGCCCCACUUCUGCCUGGUCGAACGACUUCGCUCCUCCUCAGAACAGCGUCGGACUCCAGACGAAUGAGUCGUCCUCAGAGCGCCACCGUCGGAAAGACUACGUCCGGUCAACAAACCAACUUUUCACCAGAAAAUCAAGCAGCCAAAGUUGUCUUCAAUGGCCAUUCAUCCAGGAUGCCGGCUGUCCCCAGUCCAGAAACGCAGGGUUCAGAAUCACCUGUUGAGAGAACCGUUGCAUACCACAGCGGAAUGGUCGCACCCUCUUUGUUACCAAACCCAAAUGUCUUACAAAGAUCUCAGCAGAGCAUCAGCGAGCCAAAACUUUCUGAAGUCCUGUCGCAGACAUAUUCCAAUGUCUAUUAUCACAACUGUCAGAGUUCCGGGUCCAAAGCUGUAAAAAUGUGUCUUCCUGCAAACGCCAGAUCUCACGAGGCUAUCUCGGGACCAGAAAGUGGUACAUUCCUCGUGUUCAGUCGGCAGAACAAAGAUGACGCAAACCCGUCCAUGAAAAACAUCCAAACCUACCAGACGUACAUUUGCGACCCCCACAUGAUGCGUGAAUGCGGCAUUGCCCGGCGGAAGAUUGAAACCCGUUGUAAUUCUCUUGAUUCCGAACCCUGCGGUGCUCCAGUCACAUCUGAUGGUGGUGCAAUGCUGGACUGGGGUUUCGACGAGGAAGGCUGGCUCUUCAAGCGUUCUGUCUCCGUGUCCACCAGACCUCCCCUGAAGCCAGUCAUGGGCAUGAACGGGGCCAAGGCUCGAAGCCAGAGCUUCGGAGCACGCUACAUGGACCGACCCAGCUUCAACCGGUCCGGGAAGGUGCGCACCCAGAUAAAAACGCACUCAGGGAGCUCCUUAAACUCCCUGGGUGACAUUCUGCCAGGAAGCAUGAGCUGCUCCAGUAGCUAUCACUGCCCCAUGAACCGAUCUCUCCUGAACAACUUCCUCAUUGAAGAAGGCCUGGCGGUUCCUCCGUGUCUAGGCUCAUCUAGCGAAAGACUACAGAGUCUUAAACUCCAACGAGAACAAGCCAGACGCCUUCAGAUCGAGCAACAAUUUUCCAGCGCCUUUGGAGAACCUGUCUGUGAAGAACCAGAGAGGCAGAGUACCAUAACCACCAUCGAGGAGAAGGUGAUGCUCGGCAUUGAGGAGAACUUGCACAAGUCUCAGGAGCAGGAGAGGAGUAGUGAAGUCAAGCAGAAAUCCGGAUCCACCUUAGCCAACUGGUUUGGGUUCCGCAAGGGUAAGCUUCCCAUCCCCAGUGGCAAGAAGACAGACCCGGCAAAGACAAAAGAAGAGAAGAGGGAUCAAAAGAUUACGGCACUGCUCGGAGGGAAGCAGACCAAGACGGACAAGAAGAGAGACAGGAGAAAAAAUGACGGAAAAGACUGCUCUGUGGGAAGAAGAGAGUCGCACGAUGCAGUGCGAGCAUGCAUCUCAAUGCCCUGCCCGGGGAUAUCGAUUCAAACGCAAGGUCACAAUGACAUCACUGGAGACGCACAGAGAACUGACGGUGAAAACGGAGCCCUCAUAAAGACCACCCUCCAGGAUGCAGUUAUCGGGUCUGGCUGCAAGAUGCGAACGUUGGACAGUGGAAUCGGGACCAUCCCCCUCCCCGAAUCUUGCUCAUUCUUCUCCUCCAUCCUGCACCUCCUCCCCAAGUCCUCCUCAUCAACCCCCGAGCCCGAGUCGUCUCUCAGUUCUGUCCUGGACUCCUCCUGCGAGGAGGUGUCUCCGUUACCCCGAUGGAGGAUCCCUUCCGGUUUUAGGGACGACCGCGCCGGGGUGCCCAAUACUCUGUCUGACGUGACCCACAUCCAGUCAGUGCCUUUCCCUACCGUGGCCUUCCUCCAGCCCGUCCGACCCCAACCUGAACCCAUUGUGACCUCUGCCCAUGUGUGUGAUUCCCACAACAGAACCCAGAGACCCCCGCAAGGUGGGAUUGAACCAAAGAAGCUGACCUAUAUCAAAACGAAGACGAGAACCCCUCAGAGCCAACAGAAAGAGCAGACCAGACUGCAGAGCAUAUGACUCCGUUUGUCAUUGGGAACCCACACGAGAGCACCCAAAAGCUCCCAGACCCCGAAGUGGACUGCAUGCAAGACUUAAACGCUGACGGGUUCAGAUAUUCACGCCACCCGAUUGUGGUUUGACAAGUACACACACACACACACACACACAUGUUGUCUCAUUUAAACACAACACAACCAAGACUAGUUCCAAUGUCUGGAUGACUGCUGUAGUCAGUUGGGAAACAUUUUGAACUCCCUCCAGCAUCCAAUAUAAAAAGUGCACAAAUUGCAUAGUGCACCAUCUGGGAACACAUUUGUCUUGAAAAACCUUCACCUGUUGUUUUCUCGAUGGUGAUAUUUUUGUUGUUUUUUUUGUCUUUUUUUUUCCAGAACUGGCUCACAGUUGAUCAACAUACGCAAAUGGCAAAUGCCACAUGUGUUGGUGUGUUUUGGGGGUUAAAACAAUGUGAAAAUGAAAGCUGCAAACACAGAAGAACGUGCCCUCGCAAAUCCUUUGUCAUGGCAAAUCCUUGAAAAAAUGAUUUUGAUGCCAUGCUCCAAACACAUAAAUGGCUUUUGCUAAAAAAAAAAAAAACUUUGAAAUUUUACAUUGCACAUCUGUCUAAUAUACCUGCUUCUGAUUGGGGCUCAUUUGAACGAAUUCUCUAGUAGCAGUUUAGCCAAAAAGGCUGCUGCAACAGAAAAUGGCUGGCUUCCUGUUCAGGUUUGUUACGAUAGACACCCAAUUUCAUGUUAACUGGUGAAACUGGUGUCUCGGGCUGAUUGUCUUUUUUCCUUCCAAAUUUUGUAAUGAAGUACGAGACCUCAAUUUCACCUAAAAUGUUUGCGUCAUCCCAAAAUGGCAGACUUCUUAUUUUACUUCAUGCAUGAGUUUUUGUGACUUUUUUGUAUGUCAUGUUAUGAUAGAUAGACAUGUCUACCCAACCUUUGUGUUGAUUGGUAAAUCUGGUGUCAGGGGCUAUUUUUUUCCGAACUUUCUGAGAGCUGUUUUAAUCAGCUUUCCAGUACUUACAUUUUCACCAUGCUACACAGUUUUUGGGUAUGUAGAGUCUAAAGUUUUGCCAAAAAAAACAUAAUAAUAAAAGGCGAUCCCAAAUAAAAAGUAGUUCAGUCCACUCGGCAAACAAACCUUUUUUUUUGCCUUUGUCUCAGUUCUACAUCGUCAUCCUAACAGGUCAAACUUUUUAAGAGGCACUUUAUCGUCUUUCAUUUCUUUAAAAAUAUGGAUGAAUUAUAUGUAUGCUAAGAGUUCAUGGCAGUUAUUAAAAAAGUACCAUGAAUGACAUUGAUUUAUGUAAAGUGAAAAUCUCAGCCUGUUGUUAAUCAAACAAAAUGCCUUUGGAGAUAUGGACAUUUAAAAUUACAUUGCAGUCUCGGUCAUGGGUCCGUGAGAUUUGUUUUAUGCGUCCUGUCUUCUUCAACAUGUCCACCCAAUUUUUGUCGAUUGGUGAAACUAGUGUCCUGGGCUAAUUUUUCAACUUUCCAGGGGGCACUCCCAAGUGAGCACCAGGAGGAGCUUGGUCCUGGCUCGAAUCAUCUUGAUAUAACUGAAAACGUAUACAUUUUUGCAAGUGUGUGUAUCCUGGGGAAAAUGUAUGCAUUUUAAGGAUCCAAAACUGCUGAAUACUCAAUCGGCCAAUCCUUGAAAGUUGAGAGAAAAAAAAAAUCAUCCCCAGACACCAGUUAUGCCUAUUAACACAAAAUUGGGUGCACAUGUCUAUUACCACAGGACCCAUGAAAAAGUCUCAAGGACCCACGUCUGAAACUAAACAGGAAGUCAGACGUUUUGGUUUGAAGCAGCCAUUUUAGGUGAAUUCCAGGCUUAGUACUUUGUUAGAUAGUUGGGGAAACAAAUCAACCCCGAGAUGGCAGUUUUACCAAUCCGCACAAAAUUGGGUGGACAUGUCCAUUAUAACAGGACACACCAAAAAGUCUGAAGGACCUAUGCCCGAAGUUGAAGAGCAAAUCAGCCAUUUUGGUUUAAAGCGGACAUAUUUGGGGGAAUUCCUGGGCUUGUACUUCAACAUCCUUUGACCAGGGAAUUCACCCAAAUUAGUCCAUAUUGGACGCAGGUAUCGUAGACAGAUGAUAAUUGUGAAACGUUUUUUACCAGCCCCUUCUCGUGUGGGCAUUAAAUGAUCAUUUAGAUGAUUCACCAUGAAAAUGGGGAAGCGAGGAACCAUUGGCUGCUGCUUGUAGCUUUAAUUAUGGUAUUUGUUGCUUUAUAUUUUCCACUGGUAUACCUUUUGUAAAUAUGGAUUAAAUCUGAAGGAGAUCUGAAGCAAACUUUAGAUGGGAGCCGACAAUCAUGUCACAAGCAUUAAACUAUGUGCACUCGAUUUAGCACAUUGAGCAACGUGGCUCUUUUUUAUUGUGCUACCGUGCUGCAUGGUCUGUGGUGUUGACAUAUAACUCAAUCACAUUCUGACCACUUUCAUUACCACAGGAGGAAGAAAAUACGACGUGAAAAGUGCUGCACUGUUGACUGUCGAUCACAUAUCACAAAUACUGUAACGGUCACUUUACAACGCUCUUGUUAUGGGGGACGUGCAAAUCUGUCCAUUGUGCAUUUUUUGUUGUCAUUCCACAGCGAUGACGUCAGGACAACCCGGUGAGUUUGUGCAUGGAACCUUAUGGUACUCGCUCAGGGAAGACGUGAUAAAUGUCCCUGAUCGAAGCUGUGGGUUUGAAAAGAUGAGUUUUGACAGUUGUUUAUCUGUUCAAACACACAUUAUGAUGUGUCUUGAGUUGAUCUCGAUAUUUACCUCAUGUUAGUUUGUGUGUGCAUUAAUCUGCAAGGAUACCACGCUGCUUGUCUGCUUAGAUUCUCACUUUAUUACAUACAUAUUCUGUCAUUUCUAGUGAUGUUUAGGUGUUACUAUUUACAUUCCUGCAAACCUGUGUUUCCCACUUUUACAUGCUUUGCGGUCACUUCCUGUUUUGCUGAAGCUAAAAAAAGUGCUUAACAAAUGUACUAGGCCACCUUUCUUUCUCAGAGAGCCUAUAGCGUCAUGGAGUGCUUUAAUGCAAAUGCUUUCAUUUCCAGCCACCUCUCGAUGUUAAGUAAAUAUUACAAAUUUUAAUCAAGAAAUGAUCGUGUGCUUUGCUUUUUGGCAGUUUUUUCAUAAAACAAUACUUACGGUACUAAAAACAUAUGAAUAACAAUAAUAAUUCAAUAUGGGCCCUCGUUACCACCGCCCGAGUUUGUUAAAGUACGGAGCCUGGGUUUCGCCUGACAGGUCUGCAUUCUACCAAAAAUGGCCGACUUCCUGUUCAAUUCCAGGCAAGGGUCCUUGAGACUUUUUCCUGUGUGCUAUUGUCAUAGACAUUUCCACCCAAUUUCGUGGCCAUCAGCACGUGUUUUUAAUUUAAGACUUUUCCAUGCAGUCUGUUAUCAUAGCGAUUUCCACCAAAUUGUCAUGUCGCUCGGUAAAACUGAUUUUUUUUCUAACUUUCCAGUUAGAGUUUUGGGGCAUAAUUUUACGGACCCUUAAAAUGGAGUACAUACUGAAAUUUGUCAUCACAUACAGUAGUUGUAGAAAUUGUGGAGUUUUCGGCCAUGGGGUAACAAACAUGAAAACCAGAGUGCUGUCUAUUGGUGAUAAACAAGGUAUUUUCUCAACUUUCCAAGGAGCGCUACUGAGUGAGUUUCCAAGGAUUGUAUUCAGGACCCCUAAAAUACACUAUAUACUCAAAUAUACACUUGCUUGCGAAACAAUGGUUAGUUUUUGGGAAUGUCGAAGCCCCCCCAAGAAGGCAAUUCUUUCAUCUGAAAAUUACAUUAAACGUGAAAAAAGAUUUUGGUAAUUGAGGCUGCAACCUUUAAUCAAUUUUUUAAGCACUGUACAUUUACAGAAAAUGAAGGCACUAUCAUUUACAUAUCAAUCCUGUCACUAUUGAGCCAUAUUAAUAUUUUUUAAGAAUAUUUUAACCGUAGCAAUAGACCUCUUAUUUACCUCUUUAUUCAAACUAUGCUCACUUGUUAUGUGCAUGUUGAUGAAAAAAAUAGUAGUGGUGUUUAUACCCAUAGCAACACACAGGUCUUAUAAAUGUGUGAGACGGUUUUUCAUUGAUCAGGGAAGCGAUUGGCAACACUGACAUACGGGUAGAUAGAGCUUGGCAUUGUUGUAAAAAAAAAAAAGAAAAAAAGAUUCAUCAUAACGAGUAUUCAUAUUGUAUUUUUCUAACAUUUACCUUGUAUUUAUUACACACUGCACUGAUUGGUGGACUUUUCAGUUUAUUGCACAUUUAUUGUAAUUCUUCAAAUGUCGAUGUGUUUUUUAAUAAUCCCAUAAUCACAGUGGUGUUUUUUGUGACUGUUUUCUUUGCAGUAAUAACUGAUGAAAUUGUCUAUUGCUUUGUUUUUAUGUUGGAGGGGGAAAAAAUAAAGAAUAAACUAUUUCAGUACUUUUGA